AUGCAAGUUCGUGAGGUCCUCCGACGUCUUCGUGAGAAUCGUCUCUACGGCAAGUUGUCUAAAUGUACCUUCGAAGUUCCUUCCAUACCCUUCUUAGGGUAUGUAAUUUCCGGAUCAUAUCUCCAGAUGGACCCCACAAAAUUAGAAGCUAUUGCUAAUUGGUCCACUCCGAGUACACUCAAGUCCAUUCAGCGAUUCUUGGGAUUUGCUAAUUACUAUAGGAAGUUCAACAGAGGAUUCUCAACUCUCAUCGCUCCUAUUACCAACUUAACUCGAAAAGGGGCAGACCAUUCCAACUGGUCAGAAGAUGACUUGGCCGCAUUUCAGAGAGUUAAGCAGGCUUUUAUGUCCGCUCCAGUUCUGUCACAACCAGAUAUUAACAAGCCGUUCGAGUUGGAAGUAGAUGCUUCUACAUAG